GUCCUGACUGUCGUCUAGUAAAGUGCAGAGGACCCCCUAGCGAAGACUGCUCACCCUAUAGACCGCCACUGGCAUGCUGUUACGAGUGGAACUGCAGUGGCUGUAUCGACGAAGAAGGAAAGCACCAUGAGAUUGGAAGCGAGUGGGCAACUGGUCCGUGUAUCACAUCGGUGUGUACUGAAGAUGGUGUGAAAGUUAUGCGGAAAAGCUGUCGGCAGUUGCCGAAACCCCAUGAGGAUUGCAGUCUUUACACACCAGUGAGAACAUGUUGCCCCAAAUGGAACUGCAGUGGCUGUGUGGACCUGGAUGGUACCUACCAUGUCUGGGCAGCCGCUGGAGCACUGAUGAUCCGUGCACUACCCUUGUGUGCACAUCUGAAGGUAUACGAAGGACGGUAAAGCAGUGUGAAAAAUCACUUCCUCCGUACCCAAUCUGUUCAAUGUACAUUCCAGUAGGCGAAUGCUGUCCAUCCUGGAACUGCAGUGGAUGCAUAGACGUAGCUGGAAGAUUCCAUAAACUGUUAAGUAAAUGGGAUGACAAAUGCUCCAUCCACACGUGUACCACACAUGGAAUAAAAAGUAACAAAAGGGAAUGCGAGAAAGCUGCUCCAUCACGCCCGGCUGCUACUCUUAUACUCCGCUGGUGGAUGCUGCCCUUGUUAUCGUACGGCAUCAGGAUCCUCAAGUUUCAAGACACCGUGAUCGUCGUCAGCGAGAAUAAGACUUCCUGCAGUGUUGGCAGUGAUGACGACAUGCUGCAGUUUUUCGUAAGCAGCUCCAACCGUGACGUGGGAAAUGACAACAGUCUUCAGCGGACACUUGCCAAAAGAACUACCUCGCUACUGACAAAGGUUGAAGGACUCGCAGCAGCGCACACGUCUGACGCAGGGAGAGCCACGACCACCGGCAGGACCAUGAAGCCAGCGGAAUGGAUGAGUCUGGUCCGCUUGUUGUUGAACAUGGUACCAAACUCCACUUUAGACCCUAGUGCCGUUACAGACUCGCCCGCGUGUGAAGGUUGUUGUGUCACCAAGGACGGGGUAGUCCGCUUGAACUUCGAACUAUGGAAAAAGGAGCCAUGCGUCUCUUGCCUGUGCCAAAACGGUGUAGAGACGUGUACUAGACGAGAGUGUCACCCUACCACCACCACCACCACAACCCCUACCACCACCACAACCCCUACCACCACCACAACCCCUACCACCACCACAACCCCUACCGCAACUACCAUCACCACUACCACUCCCACUACGAAAACGCCUAGCAACGCCAUUCUAAGAUUUAUCAACGCCAUUCUUGGAUCUGGCUACGCCGUCUCGGGCCCUAGAAAUGCCACCUCAAUACCUUGCGGUGCUGUACAAAUGCCCGGAGACAUCUCAGUGCCCAGGGCCAUGUGCUGCUGCCCAUCCAGUUGUCCCUCACAAGAGUUACUGACACUGUUACCAGCCAUUAGCCAACAGCGCCGGAAAAUACCAUCUUUUAUACAGUCAACACCAGGAAUAAUGGAAGCAAAGCCAACUGCAACACCACCGCUGCUUGCAUCACCACCGCUGCCUGCAACACCAUCUCUGCCUGCAACACCACCGCUGCUUGCAACACCACCGCUGCUUGCAACACCUCAUCUGCCUGCAACACUACCUCAACUUGGAUUUUGUGUGGAAGUGGAUGGUCAGAUCUACGAAGACGGGGACGAGUGGGAGAUACCUGGAGACAACUGCGUCCAUAAGCAGUGCAACAACAGCAGAGUAACUCUUAUUGUCAUGGAAUGUCCCCCGUCUCCUUGGAUGAACUGCAGACAGGUGGCGAGGCCUGGGAUGUGCUGCCCUCAGUGGGACUGUCUAGAUGCGCCACUAGUAACUACAAUGCAACCAGAGCAGACUACAACAUCACUACAGUCUAUCACCAUACCAGUGGAAACUACAAUGCCAUCAUUGCCGACUAAUCCUCCUGGUUUUUGUGUGGAUGUGGACGGUAAGAUAUACGAAGACGGGGAUGAGUGGGAGAUACCUGGAGACAACUGCGUCCACAAGCAGUGUAACAACAGUCAAGUAAAUAUGGUGUUCAUGGAAUGUCCACCGUCGCCUGGAAGGAACUGCGAACAGGUGGCGAGACCUGGGAUAUGUUGCCCCGAGUGGGACUGUCUAGACGCGCCACUAGCAUCUACAACAGAACAAAAUCAACCGCAACUUAUAAUAAAAGCAGCGCCAUCUACAAGACCACUAUUGUCGGCUGAAGAACUUGGUUUUUGUGUUGAUGUGGAUGGCAGGAUCCACGAAGACGGGGAUGAAUGGGAGAUACCAGGAAACAACUGCGUUCAUAAGCAGUGUAACAACAGCAGAGUAAAUAUGGUAAGACUGGAGUGUCCCCCGUCACCUGAGAAGAACUGCAAAAAAGUGGUGAUGGCUGGGAUAUGUUGUCCUCAGUGGGACUGUCAUGAUGUUACAGUAUCAACUACAAUAACGAUAGAGCCAACUACAAUACCACUACAGCCAACUACAAUACCACUACAGCCAACUACAAUACCACUACAGCCAACUACAAUACCACUACAGCCUUCAGUAACACCAAUACAAACUUCACUACAAAGAAUAGCUAAACCACACAGUUUUUGUGUGGAUGUGGACGGUAAGAUCCACGAAGACGGGGACGAGUGGGAGAUACCAGGAAACAACUGUGUCCAUAAGCAGUGUCAUAACAGCCAAGUGCAUAUUAUGUGCCUGGAAUGUCCCCCGUCGCCUGGGAAGAGCUGCAAGCAGAUGAUGAUCCCAGGACAGUGUUGUCCUGUGUGGAAUUGUUUAGACGCGUUACCAACCACUACAACGGCACGAAAACCAGUUAUAAUGCAACCGGUUCCUGCAAUAACGAAAAUACAAACUACAAUGCCGCUUUUGCCGACUGAACCUUCCGGUUUUUGUGUGGAUGUGGAUGGUAAGAUCUACGAAGACGGGUACGAGUGGGAGAUACCUGGAGACAACUGCGUCCAUAAGCAGUGUCAUAACAGCCAAGUGUAUUUUGUGUGUCUGGAAUGUCCACCGUCGCCUGGAAAAAACUGCAAGCAGGUGGCGAGGCCUGGAAUAUGUUGUCCUGAGUGGGACUGUCAAGACACGUUGGUGCAAAGGUUGAAAGGCAAUCCACUGCUGCAGACAGUACCACUGACUACGACAGUACCACUGACUACGACAGUACCACAGCAGCCUGGUGUGUGUGUGGACGGUGCCGGUGUAAGAUACAGGGAUGGGGAGGUUUGGAUGUCAGCCCUGGAUCCAUGUAUGUAUUACAGCUGUCAAGGCUCCGUUAUCCUGAGCAGUGCCAAGAAGUGCGAGAGAGAGGAGCAGCCUGACCCCUCCUGCAAGCUGGUGCCUGACCCACAGCAGUGCUGCAAGAUCUGGCAAUGUCCCGGAUGUGUGGACAGCAAGGGAAGACGGUGGGAUCACGGACGUAUGUGGGAAGACUCUCAGGACUCUUGCGUCUUCUUCUCCUGCAUAGCUGGAAACAUCCGUCGUAACGUUGAACCGUGUAGCAUUUUCCCUCGACCUCACCCCGGCUGUGUGCUACAAGCUGUGAAGGGACGCUGCUGCAAGGAAUGGAAAUGUUGAAUGUGUGUAUGUGUGUGUGCGUGUCAGCUCCUACGAUGUGUGUGGAAGACACAUACGUACUGUUAUGACCUAGUGGCGCCUUCAGACACAGGACUGACACCGACAAAACUGUACGCGUCAUCAUGCAGAUCUUGUGGGUACCACCAUAACCUGUAACCCCCGCAAUACAUGGUGAGGAUAUAGCCUAUGACUUCCUGAUAAGGUAUAGCCACAGUAAACCUGGGACAAUUCAGAUGAAGUAGAUUUUUGAGACUAUAAAUGGAGGUGGGAACACGGAGAUGCUCCGGACACAGCCAGCUGUAUUUAAGACAUCCAGCAGAACAAGUCAAAAGAAAUUUGAUACAUAAAGACAGACAUUGAUGAUAUAAACAAAUACUUGGUUGAAAGACUUAAGUUCUAAUGCUGUCAGUGUCUCUUAGCUUAGGCUGACAGAUUUCAACACUUCGUAUGAUCCCCAUCCUGUAGGAUGGAAUAUGGCAGAGAAACAGUUUUUGUUCCUACUGUGUAACUGUCGUAUUGAAUAGGGCAACAAAACACUGCUAAUAUAUACAAUCUGCUAAGUUAAAAAAAAGUGUUAAUUGUAGAAACAAGAGAAUAUAUGUUUUCACAAAGUAUAUUCUGGGAUAUUCACUGGGGAAUAUUCACUGAGAAUUACUUCAGUCCCUUAUUGUUACGGAUAAAUAAAAAUGAAGGCCAAUUUAUUGUAUGUAGAAGAACACAAGGACACAAUACCGUGACUGGAACAAUACACAAACAACCCGAACGUAGGCGAGAGGAGCUUACGACGACGUUUCGGUCCGACUUGGACCAUUUACAAAGAUUUUGUAAAUGGUAUAAGUCGGACCGAAACGUCAUUAUAAGCUUCUCUCUCCUAUAUGCGGGUUAUUUAUAUAUUAAAAAAAAUGGAUACAUCUUUCUACCAAGUGGGACCUGAAAAGACAAUUGUCACUCGCUUUUACUAGCCCCAUUAAGGGGUUUCGAUCCAAGGAACCUAACCUAAUCCUUCCUUUUCAUAAAUUAAACCUGAUUACGUCCCAUUCCCCAAGAGCAGUGUGAUCCAUCUCGACCCCAUCUCUUCCGUAACAAAUUCAAUUAGUGGCGAUAGAAUUAAUCUCCUCUUCAAAGCUAUUCCACUAAGAAGUUGGAAGGACUUCGGCGUCUUAUGCGUAAAAUACAGAAAUAGAAUACAAGAUUUCACUUUGUAUGCGGUACAGAGGUGUCUCGUCUGGCCCUGAGUCGACUGGUGUCACCCGAAAGAAAAAACGUAAAUUUUUUUUUUUCCUCCGGCGGCUGUAGGAAAAUUCUCUUGACUCCUGUUGUUUUCUGUUAUCUUUUAAAGGUAACAGUUAAUAACGUGUGCUGUUUGUUAAUUAAAGAGGUUACUACUGCAGUGUUUAGUGUGACGCUGUGUCUUUCAAUAUUUGAGUAUUUAUAAUGUUAAACUAACAGAAAAUGUAUUAGUAACAUGGAUUAUAUAACAAUUAAUAAUGUGUUUUGGUGAUGUUAAAUUUGUUGUCGUUGUCAGGAUUAAAACUUGAUCAAGCUUUAAUCUAAAGAAUUUAUAUAACAAAUUGGGAUUUCAAUAAUUAUUAUAGGCUUACUGACCUAUAUCCUGGAUUUGCAGAAAGAAAUAAAGUGUUUGCUUGGUGUUCUGGUGCUGAAAAGGUUACCUUGCAACCUUAAUGAGCCUCGUGUUGUCGAUGACCUUUCAACCCUCAUUAGCCAACUAACCUUGUAACCUACGACCUUUAAGUUAAUUUAACAAGUGAUUUUCAAAACGACAUGUAAGUAAUCACCAUCAAUAAUACUUCAAAUUUCUAGGAAAAAAAAAAUCAAUUGCCUUGGAGAUUUUAAUUUCCCACAUGUAAAAAUGGAAGAUGGUUCAACACAACGUUAUACCAGAAACUCCUUGGUAUACAUUUGUUGAGCUCCCUGGCAAACAAAUGUAUACCAGGGAACUAAUGAGCUUUAUGAAAAGCACUCACUGAAUCAA